AUGCUGAGGUUACCCUGGUACUUGGUUGUUAUAUUCUUACUAGCGGCUCUAUUAGGAGCAUUUGGUUACCGGGCGAAGAGUCGUUAUCCGCGCAUCGAAUUGCGAACCCAUUCGGUGGGCGGUUCAGCGGUGCGUCCGCUGCACUACAAUCUCAGUCUGCUGACCGAGGUGGAUGGGGUUAAGCUGGCCGGGACCUUCCGCGGCGAGGUCACCAUCCGGGUGCGCGUGUGGCGCGAAACUCGCACCAUCGUCCUCAGCUCGAAUGGCCUGCGAGUGGGCCCCAAAGUGUGGCUAAUCCGCAAAAGCACCGGUGGCCGGGUGACGGUGCGCAAACUGUGGCAGGUGAUCCGCCUCCAUCGGCUGGGCAUCGAUUUCAAUAGCCUGCUCUGGCUGGGCGAGGAGUACACUUUGAUCCUCGAGUUCAGUGGCCAAAUGUCCCGCACCGGUGGCUACAUCCUCGGCGGCUACACGGAUUCGGCCAGCCACCAUCCGCAAUGGGUGGCGGUCACCCAGCUCUCACCCGACCUGGCCAACACCCUCUUUCCCUGCUUCGAGGAUACCAGCCACCUCAGCCCCGUCGUCCUCAAUCUGGCCCACCCAAGGACAACAAGGGUCGUGAGCAUCACGCGGGUGCGCCACACCUCCGACCAUGAGAGGGAUGAUUACAUGUGGACCAGCUUCUACCAGACACCGCCGACGUCUGUCCAGAAACUGGCCUUCUCCAUCAAUCGGUUCACGAGUCGCAAGUCCCCUCCAUUACCUCUAUGCCCCGUGUUGACCACCUGGUUGCGACCGAGGAUCGCCGAACAGGGGGACUACGCCAUUCGCAUCUCGCCCCAGAUAAUCGUGUACUUUGUGGGUCUCUUUGGAAAGCCUUACGUCUUGGAUAAGAUUGACCAGCUGGUUCUGCCGGACACGGUUCAUCAGAGUCAUGAGCACUUGGGAUUGGUAAGCCAUCCGGAGCGAUUGUUCCUCUACAGCGAAAAGCAGUCAACGGUGAAGGCCAAGCAGGAGGUGGCCAGUAACCUGGCCCGUGAGUUUGCCCACCACUGGUUCUCCGAUCUUGAGAAUCCCGCCCUCUACUGGCUACACUAUGGUCUGUCCAACUAUCUGAGUGGCUUCGCCGUGGACCAUGUGGAGCCCAGCUGGCGGCUCCACGAGCUAUCCAUGUUGCGGCAGGCCCUAGCCGUCCUCGCCGAGGACUCCAGGGCCAGUGCCCAGCCCGUGAGCCUCGCCCACAUCUCCCAUCCAACGGACAUUCAGUCCCAUCAGAAGGCAGCCCUCCUAUUCCGCAUGCUGCACUCCCUCAUUGGCACCCAGGUGUUCGUCAAUGCAUUGCGACUGUACUUGCGGCGCUCCCAGAAGGGAGCCUCAAACCAGACGCUCCUGUGGAAGGCCUUCCAGGAGGAAUCGGAUCGCCACAUGAGCCUGCGCCAGGAUGUCCAGGUGAGCCAGCUGAUGGACUCGUGGACGCUGCAGCCGGGCUAUCCGCUGAUCCAGGUGGCGCGCGACUAUGAUACCAACCGGGUGACCGUAACCCAGCAGCGGUUCCUGCGCAAUCCGAGUGGCGGCAAUGGAAGGCGCCCGAUGAAUCGCUACCAAUGUUGGUGGGUCCCGCUGACCUUCACCUCGGCUGGUCGGGGCAGCUUUGUUUCGACGCUGCCCAGCGAGUGGCUGACCUGCCGCCCCCACCAGACGCCCAGUCCGCUAAUCCUCGAUGAGGUGGCGCAGCCGGACGAGUGGGUGGUCUUCAACCUGCGGGUGAACACACCAUGUCGCAUCACCUACGACGAGCGGAAUUGGCGGCUGAUUGGACGGGCUCUGGCGGAUAAGAAUGCCAGCAGCAUUGACCGCUUCACCCGGGCCCAGCUGAUCGGUGAUGUCCUCAACCUGGCCGGCGCCGGCAUUGUCACCUAUGACCUGGCCCUGAACUUUGUGGGAAAUCUGCGUCACGAGAACGAGUUCAUCGUGUGGCAAGCGGCUGCCAGGAGUCUGGAGUGGCUCUAUGACAGCCUGCGCAACACUAAUAUUUUCACCCUUUUCAAGAUCUUUAUGAGAACCGUACUGCAGCCCAAGUUCGACGAGCUAUUUAACCCGAAAACCCAGGCAGCUGGAAGGGGCAAAAGCACAGAUUUAAUGGCGAUAAUCCUGCAAAUGGCCUGCCAGAUGGAUCUGGGAUCGUGUGCGAAUCUGGCCCUUAAGGAGUUCGCUGGCCUGAGCCUGGAGGCCAAUCGCAUUCCGGUGGAUCAACGCGGGACCAUCUAUUGCACUGCAAUUCAGUUUGGAACGGAGGCUGAUUGGACGUUUUUAAGGAGGCUGUACAAAAGGUCAAAUGUGGCCGAGGAAAGGAGGAUUAUCCUUGGUGCCCUUGCCUGUAGUCGCGAAAACUGGGCACUGGAGAAAUUGCUUGGCAUGGCCUUUGGCAGUCGCUACAUGCCCAAGGACGAUGUCCUUCUGAUCUUUAGCGCCGUGGCACAGAAUCCUUUGGGCUACGUACUGGCCAAGAAUUACCUGGUGGACAACAUAAAGGCAAUCAGGAAAUUUUACGAAAACAGCACCCAUGAUCUCACACAACUCAUUACGGUUUUGGUGGACGAGGUAUACACGAAGGCAGAACUAAAACUUGUACGAACGUUCAUGAAAACAGACCUCAAGGAUCUGCCGGGCAUCGAGGUCAGCUCUCGACGCAUCCUGGAAGUGGGACACGACCAUAUAGCCUGGCACACGAGGCACUACCUCCAUGUGGUCUCUGCCGUCUGCAACAUUACCGGAUCCAUAGAGCCACAGUGUAUCUACUAGGUCGCGUUGGGUUGAUGGCAAGAUUAUAAGAUUUCACAGUGUAUGCCAAAUUGAGUUAGACAAAUAAAACAUCAA